AUGACUCAAACUGUGGUUACCAGCGCCGUCCUCCACCGAGACACCCGCUUCAUCCCCAAGAAAGCCAUCGGCGGAAAAGGGAGCUACAUCUUCCUCGAAGACGGCCAGAAGGUUCUUGACUCUACCGGCGGUGCUGCAGUCUCUUGCCUGGGCCAUGGCAAUGAGAAAGUCCAAAAGGCCCUGCUAAAACAGAUGAAUGAGUUGUCAUAUUGCCACUCGGCCUUCUUCGGAACGCAGGCUUCGGAAGAUCUGGCUAGGUUGCUCGUUGACUCGACCGGUGGAAAGCUAUCAAAGCUUUAUGUUGCUAGUUCUGGCUCCGAAGCGGUAGAAGCAGCCCUAAAACUAUCUCGCCAAUACUACCUCGAACUACCCACGCCGCAACCCCAACGGACACGGUUCAUUUCCCGUCGUCCAUCCUACCACGGAAUCACACUUGGUGCUCUAGGAGCAGGAGGCAACCUCCUCAGACGCGAGCCAUUCGAGCCUCUCCUGGCGCAGAACAUUUCCCACGUCUCUCCAUGCUUCGCCUACCGCGGGAAGAAAGAAGAUGAAUCGGACGAACACUACGUCGCCCGUCUAGCAGCAGAGCUCGACGCAGAGUUCCAGCGCGUAGGGCCGGAUACUGUAUGUGCGUUUAUUGCAGAACCAGUUGUUGGUGCGUCCCUCGGCUGUGUUCCUGCACUCCCAGGCUAUUUCCAAGCCAUGAAGGCCGUCUGCGAGCGCUACGGUGCACUCCUCAUCCUCGACGAAGUCAUGAGCGGCAUGGGCCGCUGCGGCACUCUACAUGCAUGGGAACAAGAAGGUGUCGUGCCUGAUCUCCAAACCAUCGCCAAGGGACUUGGUGGUGGCUACGCUCCCGUUGCGGGAGUAUUGAUUGGAGACCGUAUCGUGCAGGCUUUGGACAAGGGGACUGGGGCCUUUCGCCAUGUACAAACGUACCAGGGACAUCCGAUUGCGUGCGCGGCGGCGUUGGCUGUGCAGAGAGUUAUUCAAGAGGAGAAUUUGCUUGAGAACGUGAGGAAGAUGGGUGCUUAUUUGGAGAAGAACCUGAAGGAGAGACUCGGUGGGCAUCCACAUGUGGGAGAUAUCAGAGGGAAGGGGUUGUUUUGGGGUAUCGAGUUUGUCAAAGACAAAACUACAAAAGAGCCCUUCGAUCCAGCAAUGCGUAUCGCAGCACAGCUCCUAGAAACAGGUCUGUCGCCGGGAUAUGGCAUCUCGCUGUAUGCUGGAGGAGGAACGGUGGAUGGGGUCCGAGGAGAUCAUGUUCUUCUGGCGCCGCCUUUCAAUGUUUCUACAGAAGAGGUUGACUUUAUCGUUGAUACUACGGUGAGGGUUGUUGAGGAUGUUUUCAAGAGACUCAACUAG